GAAUCCAUGUAUACUGAGCUGGGAAAGUUUAUUUUAGAUAAGAAAAAUAUAUAUAGUUUCUUAGAAAAAUUUUAACACGUUCAAAUACACUUUACAUUAUAUAUAAUAUCAUAUUAUAUAUAUUUAUGAGAAAAUAUAAAGUAAAGCAUGCUGGACAUAAUUCAAAUGUCAGUAAUCGUAUGUACUUAACCUAUAUUAAAAGAUAGAUUUAAAACUAACUGUAAUAUGUACAUAUAUUACGUAACAUUUAUAAAAAAAAAGAAAGAAACAAGCUUCUUGAUUAAAGAAUGAAAAAAAGAUAAUGAAAAAUGAAUUAUUAAAAAGUUUAAGAAGAAGGGAAAGUAAAACAGGCGGAGCUUAGAAUGUACGAGGAAGAUAGCCAACAAAACAAUAAGAAAAGAAAGAGAGAGCAAGGGGUGGUGGCGUGAAAUUAAACGCAUGCUACUUCGGCUACUCGUUGCGUUUCAGUCACUGGAUUGCAGGCACGGUGUGAAUGCUGUUUCGGAGUGUCUUCGACCGGUCUUGACUAGUGUUAAUCAAUGCUUUCCAUAUGAAAGUGAAGAUAUAUAAACAAAACUCCUAAAGUAUUGCUAGUUCGCUUUUGGUUUAAAACAUUUAUUUAGUUUGGGAUAUAUAUUUAUUGUACUUAUACAUUAAGGUUAGAAAAAGUAUUGGAUAAGUUGAUGUAUCAGAGUGUACACAAAAAACAGUAAAUACAUAGAAUAGGAUCAUUUAUCGAAAUGAAGUGAAUUAAGACAAGUGAAUUAAGAAAACAUGAUGUCAUUUUUUGUUCGUUGAAGAAUUCAGAUUGCAGUCUUAGAGUGCCGACAUUGCCAACAGAAGGAUUGAAGCUGGUGGCAAGCAGAAACAGGUCAUGCGAAUGACGUAAGAGUUCCCGUGCAAGAGUUCAAGGACAGAUUAUUGCCAUCUCGUCCAUACAAGGAUAAAAGAAGAUUUGAAAGAUUAUAAAGAAUAAUCAAAAGUUUAAGAUGGGCGAAAGGCGAGGUACAAAGGCAUUAGAAUUUUGGUGUCGGCGAAUAACUGAGGGUUAUCCUGAUGUAAACGUGCAGAAUAUGACAACUUCUUGGAGAGAUGGCCUCGCUUUUUGUGCAAUGAUUCAUCACUUCCGACCUGAUCUCAUUGAUUUUGACAGUUUAGACAAGAACGAUAUAUAUGGGAACAAUGAACUGGCUUUCAGAAUUGCAGAGCAACAUCUUGGAAUACCAGCACUUUUGGAUGCAGAAGAUAUGGCUUCCUGUGCUGUACCUGAUCGUUUAUCGAUCCUUACUUAUCUUUCACAGUUCUAUCAAACUUUCAAUGGUUCAUCUCCAGCACGAAUUCCAGCGAGUAGAACGACUGAAACCGUAGAGGAAAGAGUCACACAAGUGUCUGAAUCUCCGAAAGAAAAGGGAGCAACGUGUCUGGGUAGUAUGCGAAAGGAUGUCUGCGUUGUGUGUGGAUUUCCAAUUUUCCUAGCGGAAAAACUGGUCCUCGCCCAUGUUGCUUAUCAUCGUACUUGCUUUCGCUGCGCUCGAUGCAAUAAUCAGUUAACUAUUGGUAAUUAUUAUGAAACCGAAGAAGGGCAAUAUUGCUGUGAAACCUGCCCGGAUGAAGAUAUUCCAGUACAAAUAACGCAAAGUUAUGACUAUCCUACAUUUAGCGAAAUUGAAAAGAAUAACAUCGAUUCCAGUUGUCAGCAAUUUUUUAGCAAUGACGAAAACAUAAAUAAAAAACCGUUUAGUCGUAAUUCUAUCGAGCGGAUGGACCACGAAUCGAUCACGGAUCGUGUUGUUAUUCCUGAUUUAAUAGCGCAAACUUCUCGAUUACGGCUCAAUUUCAUAUCGAAUCAACUAUUUUCGGAAAAUGAUGAACAGAUUUCUCUUGAUAAUAUGCAUAUAAGUGAAAAUCGAAGUAGCAUCGAGGGAGAUGAUACAAAUUUAAAGACAGAAAGCAGAAAUUUAGUAUACCUAUCUAAUACUGAGUACGAAGGACAAAGUAAACUCGAAGAAGAAAAUAAACUCAAUCGUAUUGUCACUUGUUUAAAACUAGAACCUGAUAAUGCCGGGCUGUUGUUAAACACAAACGUCCAUGAUUACGUGCAUGACGUGCAUGACGUGCAUGACGUGCAUGACAUCCAUGAACGACUAAACGUUGAUAAACACGAACAGGAUCAAAUAACAGUAACUUCUGUAGCUUCGCUUCAUAAUGUAAUUAAGGAAACAAGAGCAUCUCAUAGCAACGACAAAGAAUUAUCGGAUGAGACUAGUUCUGAGAGCAGUUAUUCUAUAGUUGAAAAAAGAUGUAGAAUGUUUGAAAAGAAAAAAGAUGAUAUCGAAAGGAGUAAGCUUAAAAAUCAUGAUACCGAAGCAUUAAAAUUCAAGAUACAAACUAAAAGGCAUAGGACUAAAAAUAUAGGAAACAGUGAAAGUCCGAUAAUAAAUCCAGAUACGACAAUGCAAGAAACAGGCAUCGGUGAAGAUAACACUCGAAAAUAUAAUGCAGAAAGCUUCAAUAAAGACAGUUCGACACAGAUUGCUCCUUCCGAGUUACUAUCAUCGCGUGUAUCGAAAGUUAAUAAAACUUUACCAAUUCCUUUACAGAAUUCCAAUACAGAAAGUAUUGAACAUCAUACAUCUACGAUUGCGAACGAUAUUAAUGCAACAAACGUAAUAUGCUCUAAUUUUAAUGAAGAUUAUCCUGAAGAUUUAAACCCGUUUAAAAGUGACGAAGAACAGGAGGAGCCGAAGGAGGUGGAGGAGGUGGAAGAAGAAAAAGAAAAAGAAGAAGAAGAGGAAGAAGACGAAGAAGGAAUUACUGAUAAAUCCGUGACAACUAUGAACAGUUUAGUAACUACCAGAGAUCUAACAAAUCCUUUUGAAAAUGUAGAAGAAACAGAAAAGAAGGAAGUUAUUCUGCCAAUACCAGCUACGAGAAGUAAUUUUAAAAGUGGUAAAGCUAACCAACAUUUCGUAGAAGGAUCAACAAAACGACGUUUAGCCGCACCACAGAUUAAUCUAAAUCCCUUUUGGAGCGACGAAGAAGAUCACGAUAGCGAUUUGGAGUUCAAGGAGAGAACAUCUGAGAUUAUGCCUACUCCUAAACCACGCACAAUUAAGCACAACGAGCAAAGCCCAAGUAAAAAUGGACGAAAAACGAGCGACACUCGUGAUUAUUUAUACAUGUCAAAUAAUUGCUUAGGAAGCCCAGAAUCAGGGAUACGUACAGGAGGAGCUUAUAGGAAAAAGAAACCAGCACCGUUACCACCAAAUAAGAAGGAAUGUGUUUCCGAUCAGCGCACAUCUUCAAUGUCUAAACUACAAUGCAGUUCUGCCGAAUAUCGCGAUUCACCUUCGUAUAAAACAUUUAAAACACGUAAGCCAAGACCAGCUCCACCACCACCAAUUCCAGUGGCAAGUGGUUUUCAAGAGUGUCCUAUGAACAAAUCACACGAUGCCAAUGUAGAAUAUAACAUAUGGGAAGAUGAAAAGACUAAUAAAGAUGAAACAAAUAGAAAUAGACAGAGUUUUCCACACAUAACAUGCGAGGAAACUUUUCAUUGCAGAUCAUAUUUAGACAAAAGUAUGGAAGGAAAAUGGAAAAGGAAGAAAGGCCCUGCUCCACCUUGUCCAAUACCACAUAGAAGAAAGAUAAAAGUAAUGUCUCUUAAGGAUGUUAAGUUGGAGUUAGACGAAAUAGAACUGCAACAACAAGGCUUAGAAAAGCAAGGUGUCCGAUUGGAACAAUUGAUAAGAAGUAAAUGUGAAUCUGGAUCACAGAUUAGCGAUAUUUCCCUUGGAACAGAUGUAGAAGAAUUAGUCUUAGAGUUAUUUACUUUAGUAAACGAAAAGAACGAGUUAUUUAGACGACAAGCCGAAUUAAUGUUACUCCGAAGACAGCAGAGAUUAGAAGAAGAACAUGCUGAAGUGGAAUACCAAAUUCGAUGCUUAAUGGCACAAAAUGAAUCAACUAAAACGGAUUUUGAUAAACAAAGAGAAGAAGCGUUGAUACAAAGAUUGAUAGAAAUUGUUGAAAGACGAAAUGAAAUUGUCGACUGCUUGGAGAUGGAUCGUCGCAGAGAAAUAGAAGAAGAUCGGAGUAUACAUCGUCACAUGGAUCUAUUUGCUGCUAAAAAUAAAAACGAUUUAUCAUGCAAUGAUAUGGAUACAAGUGAAAAGAAAAAAAGAAAACAAAACAAAUUAAAGGAGAAAAUAAAAGAGAAGAGACUGAAAAGAAUAUUGAAGAAGGAUGUUGAUAAGGAUGUAGAUGAAAUGGAGUUGACACUAAAACGUCAUACUAAGCGAAAAUGGUUUUAAUUUAUUUCGAUACUUUACUUUUAACUACUUUAAUAUUUCAAUCGAAUAUUUUAAGUAAACGUUACUGUAUGUAACUCGCUAGAAAAUGCUACCUCGAAUUUCUCAUUCAAAGGGUCUUUAAAAUAACGUUCCAAAUGAAAGUACGUGCCUAUGAUUGCACACGAAGCGAUAUCUCGAAAUGUUUGAUCUAACAAAUUUUUAUUUAGAUAAGAUUGUAUAUUCUUCAUGUAUAUCGUCACGUAUACCGUUUAUAUAAAAUUAUCAAACAAUCUGAAAUAUGAAAACAUGGUCGAAUGAAACAGCAGCUGUUAUUAUUAAACGACUCGACUUUGGCAUCGUUUGGAUGCAGCCAUAAGAACGAAGGACUCUUCGAAUAAACGUUUACGUACAUUUGUUGUGCGUUUGGUUUCGAAAAAAUGUAAUAUUACGUUUACAAGUUAUUGUAGACGAAAGAGUAUUUUGUCAUUUAUAUUAUGAGUAUUAUGUAACGUUAGACAUUUAGGUUUUAGUAGUUGUAUCAAUGAAAAACUUCAUUUCCAAACGUUUUAUUACAACAAAAAUUAGAAUUGUGUAUCAACUCGUAUGCGCGCGAUCAAGAGAUAUUAUGGAUUACGCAUACCAUUUUGAAAACGUUGAAUCAAUUGUUUAGCAUUAAGCAGAGGUUAUAUAAAAACACUUGUCUUGUCUCGGACACUUAAUCUUUCGUUUUAGCAUUCAAGCGAUGCGUUUUGAUAGUCAUAAAUGAUUUCACGACAUUAUACAAUAUUUUGAAAAUGAAGGGAUAAAAAAUUGAUAUACUUUUCGAAGUUUGUUCGUUAAGACCUGAAACGAUUCUUUAAAACAGAAAGAAAUUCUCGUUCUAUGUAUAGUCACUGUUGGAAAUAUAGCGAUGUCUUAAAAUUAAUGAAGCAGUAAAUGUCAUAUAUUUUGACCGUUGCAACGAUGACUUAAAAAAUUUUGGGUGAAAUAAUAGAAAGACGUUAAAAUGACUUCGCUAUUUCCUUAUUGAUGAAAAUACAGGGUCAGUCAGUAGAAACUAUCAUCUGGAAUCUAUUCACUUUAUCUAUUCACUUUAUCAAAAACUGUUUGAAGUGAAAUAGAUUAUUGUAUUUAAGGGGUCUGGUCAAACGAAUAUAUUUUGUUUUUUUAACACUA